AUGUCAAGACACCUCGACUUCAAGAAGGGCGAGUCCUCCCCGUGGACGCCUCUGUCUAACAUGCAGAUUCCGAGAGGAUACCAGUCGAGUUGUACAACUUCGGAAGGGAAGACAUUCGUCAUCGGCGGCUCCUUUUCCGGAGCCGGCACACGAAAUGGAGAGGUCUACGAUCCCAGGGCUAACACUUGGACGAAGCUGUCUGGGUGCCCGGUCAAGCCGCCCGUCAUGCAGAGAGGCAUGUUCCCCGACAGCCACGCACGGUUAUGGUCAUGGAAGAACGGCUCUGUCCUUCAGGCCGGUCCCGCCAAGCAGAUGAACUGGUACGAUACCAAGGGCACUGGGGCGAACACGCCCGCCGGCCUGCGGGGCGCCGACGAAGAUUCCAUGUGUGGCGUUUCCGUCAUGUACGACGCGGUUGCACGAAAGAUCUUCACCUACGGCGGUGGCAAGGAUUAUACUGGCUACGUAUCAACCAGCAACGCCCACAUCUUGACACUUGGUGAGCCCGGGCAGGCUGUCCGGGCGCAGAAGCUACCGGGCGGCAAAUACAACCGCGGGUUUGCCAAUGCUGUGGUCAUGCCCGACGGCAAGAUCUGGGUCGUGGACGGAAUGCAGAAGAUGCGGCUUUUCUCGGACACCACGCCCCAGCUUACCCCAGAGUUGUUUGACCCGGCGACGGGCAGCUUCACGCCCACGACUCCGCAUCCCGUCCCUCGCAACUACCACUCUACAGCACUCCUGAUGGCGGAUGCCACGAUUUGGUCCGGCGGGGGCGGUCUUUGUGGCGCGAACUGCAAGGAGAACCAUUUUGACGGGCAGUUUUGGUCGCCGCCGUACCUGUUCGAGGCCGACGGGGUCACCCCGGCCAAGCGGCCAGUCAUCCAGAGCCUUUCGGACACGGCCGUGAGAGCGGGAGCCCCCAUUACCGUCACCAUGCAGGAUGCCGUCAACACGGACCAGCGACGAAUUCCGCUGGAUGGACAGAACGGUGGAGAUGACAAGAGUUACACGGUCAAUGUUCCCAACGACUACGGAGUCGCGAUCCCAGGGAACCAUAUGCUUUUUGCUAUGAACGAAGCUGGAGUGCCUUGUGUGGCCAAGUUCUUCAAAGUUGCUCUGUGA